AUGGCUACUUCAUCAAACGGUACUUCAAAACCAUCAUUUCGUAAAAGUUAUUCUAUUGAAUAUGGAUAUAAACCACGAAAACGAACAUUAAUUGCUGAUGCUGAAUUUGAUCGUGAACAACACGAUGAAGUACAACAUAAACUUCAACAAACAAAAAUUGAUGAAGAAGGAAAAGAUGAAUGUACUUAUACAAUUUUAGUUACGAUUAAAGAUAAAAGAAGUGCAUCAAUGUUAAAUUUAAUUAAUACAUUUAAUCGAGAUGGUCUUAAGGUUAGCCAUAUGGAAACACGUCCAGCGGCUGGAUCACCAACUCAAAAACAAUCAUCGGAAGGCCUUGAUGUUUUUAUGGAAGUUAUCUGUACAGAUAAACUUAUGGAUGAUCUUAAACGAGGUUUAUUACAAUCUGAUUCAAAAUUUGUUCUUAAAAAUAUAAAGGCUCAUGCAUCAUCAUCAUCAUUAUCAUCAGGUAAAGAAUCAAAAGAAAAAAAUACUGAAAAUAAUACAAGUGAUAUUAUUUGGUUUCCAAUGUCAAUAUGGGAUCUUGAUAAAUGUCAUCAUUUACAUACGAGUUAUCAACCUGAUAUGGAUUCACGUCAUCCUGGUUUUUCUGAUAAAGGAUAUCGAGCACGACGUGAACAUAUUGCUCAAGUAGCAUUUUCGUAUCGACAUGGUGAUCUUAUACCGAGAGUAGAAUAUACAACAGAUGAAGUUAAAACAUGGACACUUAUUUAUCGACAAUUGAAAAAACUUUAUCCAACAGCAGCAUGUAAACAACAUAUUUAUGUUAUUGAAUCAUUGGAAAAAGAAGGCGGUUUUUGUGAAACAGCUAUUCCACAAUUAGAAGAUGUAUCACGUUUCAUGAAAAGACGAUCAGGUUUUCAACUUCGUCCUUGUGCAGGACUAUUAACCGCUCGAGAUUUUCUAGCAAGUUUAGCAUUUCGAGUAUUUCAAUGUACUCAAUAUAUUCGGCAUCCAUCAUCGCCACUUCAUUCACCUGAGCCAGAUGUAGUUCAUGAACUUCUUGGUCAUGUUCCACUUCUUUCAGAUCCAAAUUUUGCCCAAUUUUCGCAAGAUAUUGGUUUAGCUUCAUUAGGUGUUAGUGAUGAUGAUAUUGUUAAACUUUCAACACUCUACUGGUUUACUGUUGAAUUUGGUUUAUGUCGAGAAAAUGGACAAGUUAGAGCAUAUGGCGCAGGUCUUCUUUCAUCAUUUGGUGAACUUCAACAUGCAUUAUCAUCAAAACCUCAAAUAAAACCUUUCGAACCAGAAACAACAGUUAUUCAAGAAUAUCAAGAUGAAGAUUAUCAACCAAUUUACUUUUUAGCUGAAACAUUUGAAGAUGCAAAAGAAAAACUACGUUUAUUUGCAAAAUCAUUAAAACGUCCUUAUGAACUUGUUUAUGAUGCACAAACACAAUCAUUACAAAUUCUUGAUAAUGUCAAAGUUAUUCAUCAACUUAGUAGUAAACUUAAAUUAGACAUGGAUGUGCUUGAACAUGCACUUGAUCGUCUUCAUAAGAAUGGAAUCAACUUUCGAGUUAUAUGA